AUGGCGGAUUUCUUAAUCGCCUACGGUUCACAAACGGGUCAAGCGGAGACGAUAGCGAAGAGUUUACAGGAGAAAGCAGAGUUAAUCGGGUUGAAACCACGGCUGUUUCCACUUGAUGAGAAUGAGAAAAAAUUCAAUUUAAACGAGGAAAAGCUGUGUGUAAUCGUUGUCUCAUCGACAGGAGAUGGUGAUGCACCCGAUAAUUGUGCUCGUUUCGUUCGGAGAAUCAAUCGGAGGACACUGACGGAUGACUAUUUGAAGGGAUUGGAUUAUAUGAUUUUGGGUCUCGGCGACUCGAAUUACUCAUCCUACCAACUGAUUCCACGUAAAAUCGAUAAACAACUCGUGGCACUUGGUGCGAAUCGUCUAUCAGAUUUAGGAGAGGCUGAUGAUCAAGUUGGUCUGGAACUAGUUGUCGAGCCAUGGAUCGAUCAACUAUUCAAAAUUCUCGGUGCACGAUUCGAAAUUCCGGCGGAAAAGAUGAAUGCAAUCACAGAAUCGCCGAAUAUCAAAUUGAAUCAAGUGAAAUCAGAAGAGGAGAAGAAGGCGUUACUUCAGAAGAGACAACAAGACGAGGAAUCAGAUGAUGAGGGACGAGGGGGAGUUCAGGGAAUUCAGAUGUUGAUUCCAGAACAUUAUGAGUAUCCAGAGGUCUCAUUGUUGAAAGGGUCCCCGGCUCUCUCCAAUGACGAGAAUCUACGUGUUCCAAUCGCUCCUCAACCAUUCAUCGUCUCAUCUGUGUCCCAUCAGAAACUCGACGGAGACACUAAACUCGAAUGGCAAAAUCUGUGUAAAAUGCCGGGAGUCGUGACGAAACCAUUCGAAGUUCUUGUGGUUUCUGCUGGAUUUGUGACUGAUCCGUUUUCGAAAAAAAUUAAGACAAAGAGAAUGAUUACUGUCGAUUUUGGAGACCACGCCCCCUCGCUCCAAUACGAACCAGGAGAUGCCAUCUAUUUCUGUGUCCCAAAUCCAGUUGAAGAAGUGAAUUUUAUUCUCAAAAGAUGCGGAGUCCUCCCGAUCGCCGAUCAGCAAUGCGAAUUAUCGAUUGAUUCGAAAACCGAGAAAAUCAAUGCUCAAAUUCCGGGACACGUUCAUAAAAUCACGACAUUGCGACACAUGUUCACCACUUGUUUGGAUAUUCGCAGAGCGCCGGGAAGGCCACUAAUCCGUGUACUUGCCGAGAGCACAUCGAAUCCCCAGGAGAAACGACGACUUCUGGAGCUGUGUAGUGCUCAAGGAAUGAAAGAUUUCACAGAUUUUGUCAGAACUCCUGGCUUGUCACUGGCUGAUAUGCUAUUCGCUUUUCCGAAUGUGAAACCACCCGUUGAUAGGCUUAUUGAACUCCUGCCUCGCCUCAUCCCCCGUCCGUACAGUAUGUCAUCAUACGAGAAUCGUCGUGCCCGUUUCGUCUACUCUGAAAUGGAGUUUCCAGCUACAGACGGUCGAAGACACUCGAGAAAAGGACUUGCCACGGAUUGGUUGAAUUCUCUGAGAAUUGGAGAUAAAGUAGAGAUUCUUGGCAAAGAGCCAGCGAGAUUCCGUCUUCCGCCACUCGGAAUGAAGAAAAAUCAGGCAGGAGCACUGCCUCUGCUCAUGGUUGGACCCGGAACUGGUGUCUCCGUUUUCUUGUCGUUUUUGCACUUUUUGAGAAAGCUCAAAAUUGACUCGCCGUCCGAUUUCGUCGAUGUGCCACGUAUUCUGUUUUUCGGAUGUCGUGACGUCACUGUGGAUUCGAUUUAUAUGAACGAAUUGGAGCAAUUCUUGUCGGAAGGAAUCCUCACCGAUCUCAUAAUCUGUGAAAGUGAACAAAAAGGAGAACGAGUACAGGAUGGCCUAAGAAAACACUUGGAUAAAGUUCUUCCAUUCCUGACACCAUCUGCCGAAUCGAAGAUUUUCAUUUGUGGAGAUGCGAAGGGAAUGUCGAAAGAUGUUUGGCAGUGUUUUGCGGAUAUUGUGGCGAAUGAGCAGAAAAUCUCGGAUUUGGACGCCAAGAAGAAGCUGAUGGACCUGAAAAAGACGGAUCAAUACAUCGAAGAUGUUUGGGGAUAA